AACCGUUUCAGAACGUAUCGCUCCAUUCUUCGAUUAUUCUCAGCGAUGAUAUUAUGUUUGAGAGCCUGGCUCACUAUACAUCAGAUGGCAGAGGUUUCAUUGACGUGAGAACCAGUGAAUCACACGGGGGAUCGUACAGAGGAGUGUGGCCUAUGGGUCCCCUGAGUUCAAUGGUUGCGUCGCAUUUGAACAAGCGAUCCUACGAACGAUUUGUCGUGAAAGAUCCGAUGCAACCGUUUGAGGUGUAUUUUCGUUUAUUUGAUAGUUUUGUGCCAAAUUUAGAAGAAAUACACGAUACUUCACGAACCAAUAACAAACUGUUAACAAAGCACAAAAUUACAAGAACCUAUGCUGCACCGGGUGUUCAGGAACAAGAAGUUUGGACAGGAAGAUUAAGAGGAACACUGUACAUUCCUCCUGGCAAUACUAGAUUUCCAGGUGUCUUGAGUAUCAGCGGUGCACAUCCUGGAGCGUUCAAACAUAAAGCAGCCAUACUUGCCUCUCAUGGAUUUGUAGCUUUAGCUGUUAGAUACUUUGGAACAGAUGACCUACCAAAAUACGACCAUGGUCUUGACUUGGGAUACUUCGAAGAAGCCGCCAUCUUUCUCAAAAAUCAUACCAGCGUAGACGCAAGAAAUGGGGUAGGUAUAGUAUCAAAUUGUGUUGGUGCCAGCGCGUCUCUCGGCAUAGCAAGCUGCGCCCCUGAAGGCUUAUUUGGCUGCGUGGUGGCCAUAAGCGGCUGGUAUGUAAGCUACAACACUUUCACGUAUCGAGAUAAAACCUGGAGUGUGCCUGAAACAUUCACUUUAAAUGCAGAGUCUCUUCCAGACGGCACAAUGGUGAUUACUAGCUCUCAUCCGGAUGCCGAAAAUGAGACUUGGGAAAAUAUUGAAGACGAUUUGGUUCCCUUUCAACAGCGCCAUCGUACGGCUUACAUGUUUGUGUAUGGCGGUAAAGAUACUAUACACGAAACGAUAAUACAAAAAAUGGGAAAACACGCCAGAGAAAUGUUAGAAGAACAGCAUCAUCCAAGAUACGAGCUUCUCUUUUAUCCCGAUGCCGGUCACCUAAUAGAGCAUGCGUAUGCUCCACACCAAAAUGUUGUGUGGACUUAUCGACAGCUUCAGCAUAAUGGAGGCAAUCAGCCAGAUCACAGCAAAGCCCAAGAAGAUUCGUGGCCGAAGAUUUUGAACUUUUUGAGACAAUCGUUGACGAGUACGCCAGCAAAGCUGUGAUUUAAAAUAUGGCAAAUUCCUGUGAAUUUUUUCAAUCAAACAUAU